AUGGUUUCUGCUGUGAGCCACCAGGCCCAAGAGUAUGUAACAGUGGAAAUACAAGAAGGCACUUUGAGGGGUCAGGUGUCAAAAACUUUCACAGACAAAGCCAUGUUUAUGUUUGAAGGCAUUCCAUAUGCCGAACCGCCAGUUGGAGAUCUCCGGUUCCAGCCGCCAGUGGCCAAAGCUGCGUGGUCUGGUGUCAGAGACGCCCUGGCGCUAGGGUCGCACUGUCCUCAAAUUGAAGACAAUGAAGCAGUUGGGAACGAAGACUGCCUCCACCUUAAUGUUUAUGGUCCAGAGGCGGCCUUACAGAAACAAGAACUUAAAGCUGUUAUGGUUUGGAUCCAUGGUGGAUGUUUCACAGGAACUUCUGGUGAUAGCGCAAUACCAAAUUACUACGUCGACCAAGACGUCGUCUUCGUCAGCAUAAAUUAUCGUCUCGGUCUGUUAGGUUUCCUAAGCACGAGUGACGAAGUCGUCCCAGGAAACAUGGGUCUUAAAGACCAGACAGAGGCUCUGCGCUGGGUACAGAGGAACAUAGCAGUGUUUGGUGGUGAUCCAGAAAAAGUAACCAUCUUCGGACAAAGCGCUGGAGCUGGUGGUUCAUUAUCAACGGAGGCCCAAAUAGAGAACCUGAACGAGAACUUUGGCGAAAUUGUGGGCUGUGAUUUACGACUUCCGACGAAGGAAGAACGGCUAGAAGGCGCUGAGUCCGUCAAAGAGUUCUACUACAACGGCAGCGACAUCACGCUGAAGGACAACUACACCACCGCUCUGUUUGAUUCGCACCUCUUCUUCGUGGAGGGAGUGGAUGCCGCUAUCAGGAGCAUGUUUCGCUUAUCCUCGCAGCCGGUCUACUACUACCAGUUUUCGUACGUCGGUCCCCUCAGCUUAUAUCCUGGUGGCCCAGGCGCAGCACAUGCCGACGACAUGCGCUACAUGUACACAACACCCACAGACCUGGAUCCUGAUUCGGAUGGAGGAAUUAUCAGAGCUCAGAUGAUAGAGAUGUGGGCUAAUUUUGCCAAAUAUGAGUAA